AAACUGUUUCCGUAGCUGUGGGGUGUGUUGGAGCGAAGGCUGCGGGAUUUUCCUACUUGGCUGUUUAAACGUCAGUAACUUUUCGCUUUUGUAAAAAUGCGUUUUUAAGCUGCGUCAUUUAAAACGGGGGAGAAAUUACUGGACUGGCGUUUCCUGGAAAGCGCUCGGUUCUUUAGCUAUGGCCGGACUCCUGACCUGAGGACAAGCUAGUUUAGCUUAGCAGCGCGGCACCGCACCGCACCGGACCGGACCGGUGUCUCCAUCUUGUUGUUGUGGGAAACGAACGAUAGCAAUAAUUGGAGGAAUUCCGCCGUUCCGGACCAAGAGUGCGAGGAGACAACAUGGAGAAGGCCGAUUUCCUCAAGGGUCUCCCUGUCUACAACAAGAGCAAUUUCAGCCGCUUCCACGCAGACUCUGUGUGCAAAGCAUCGAACAGGAGACCGUCGGUGUACCUUCCGACGCGGGACUUUCCUUCGGAACAGAUCAUUGUCACAGAGAAGACAAAUAUCCUGUUGCGCUACCUUCACCAGCAGUGGGACAAGAAGAACGCUGCGCGGAAGCGAGACCCGGAGCACGAGCACACGGAGGCGGAGAGCUCUGCACCGCCACGCAAGAUUGCCAGGACCGACAGCCAGGAGAUGAACGAGGACACCUAGACUUCAGUGUGUACAAACGCACACGCACGCACACAAUUGAACAGGGAAUCAAACCGCUGAUGGACCAAUGCAGGAUGUGUGGAAGACAUGUUGGGGGAGGGGGGUUUAUAUGUAUUAAUUUUUUCCCCACCUUACAGCUAGGAAAAGACCUUCCUCCUCCAUGUGCUUCAACAAGCAUGCCUCCCUCCAGCUGCAGUUCCACACUCGGAGUACAGGGGGCGCUGCGCUGCCCUCUUUGCUCAGGGACUAAUAGUGCUGUAGCAGAGAGGGCGUCCCCUCCCUUGUCUCGUUCCUUCUCGUCUUAGUUGGGUUCACUUUGUUCCAGUUCUUGCAGUGACUCCUGUUCCCUCUCAGCCUCCUCACUUUUAGGCUCAGAUUGAAGUGUUUUCUGCCGCCUCUGGACUUUCCUCUGAAAAAUGGCCACUAAAAAAAAUUAAAGUGGGAUCAAGUCAUUUGUAA